AUGUCUGAAGAUAGCUUAGUGGCCACAAGAGCCCGUCGUGCAAACGCGGGGUCUAGGUUGAAAAAAUUGAUAGAGUUAGAAGAACAAACAAUUGAAGAACGGUCAUCUAUCAUUUACACAGAAGAAGAUGAAAAUGUAAACUUACUUUUCCAAGAAGAUGAAAAUGAUGAAGAAUUUGAGGAAAGUGAAGAAGAAGACUCUGAUGGUGACGAUGAUGGUGAAGAUGAUGGACAAGGUGGAGAUGAAGAUGGAAAUGAAAAUGAAAAUGAUGAUGAAGAAGAAAGUCUGGAAGAGACCACUAAAAGAAAAAGAAAUCAUGAAGAAGUUGCUGGAGACGAUGACCUUUCAGACUCCGAACUUUCUGUAACUGACUCUGAUGAGAGUGAAGGUGAAAAGGAACUUCAUAGGCAAGAAAAAUUAAAGAAAAGAAAAGUUAAAAAGCAACUGGCCCUAAUUCCCACAAUCAGGCAACCAAAGCCUAUCAAAAGUGCAGAUACUAAGAAAAAACCAAAGAUUGAGUUUACAGCAAAUUCAUUAAUGAAUGCUAAGAGAGCUUCAUCCAGAUCUGCAGCUGUAGAAAACAAACAGGCGUUAGCCAAGAGGCUCCGAGCAGAUGAAGAAAGAAGAGCUCUUUUGAAACCGGUUGUGCGACCUAAGUUUAUCGAAUUAACUCAAGAAGAACGUCUAGCUGAAGCUGUAGAGACAGAAAAGGCAAAUAUAAUCUCAUUGCAGCGAUUUCGAGAACAGGAGGUUGUUAAGAAGGAACAUCAACGACAAAUGCUUAUGCUGAAGAGAAAGAAACUUACCGAUGUAAUAAGAUUUGUAAGUAAGGACACAGUGGUAACCCCUACAGAAGAAAUAAAGGAGGCUAGACGUCUCUAUGAAAUAGCACUUGCCAAAUCAAAAAAGAAACCAGGACGUAAGAAGAAGAUGGAGGUUGAUCCACCACAAUUAAAAAUGCCUGGUGAAGUUGAUAAGGAAUUGCCCGCUGUAAAGAUUGAGAUAGAAAGAUUAAGGUUGGAGAAACAGAAAGAAAGAGAGAAGGAAGAACAGGAGAAGAGGGAAAAUGAUAUAGAGAUAGACAAUGAAAAUAAUGAAGCUGUUGAAGAACAAAAGGAAGAAAAAAAUAAUGAAGAGGAAAACAAUGAAGAGAAUAAAGAGGAAGAGAGUAAGAAUGAAGAAAUGAAAGACGUGGAAAUGAAGGAUGAGAAUAAUGAAGUAAUGAAAUCUGAAAGUGUAACUAUUGAAGAAUCGGGAAAUGAAGCAUCUAAGAAAGAUGGUGGAGACUCUCCUGAACAAGAAAAUCAAGAAAUCCAUGAGAAAAUUGACGAGGUUGAUACUUCUGAGAAAGAAGCUAAGAAAGAUUUGGAAGAAUCGUCAGAAAAGCUUGAAGGAUCUGAAGAACCUAAUAAUCAACAUGAUGAUCAAAAAGAUAUUGAUAUAGAAAAUGAAUCUGCCAGUGUGGAUAACGAAGUUAACGAUCUAACUUCUGGUAAAGUUGAAGACACUUCAAAUUCUGUCGAGCCUGUUGUAAAGGUGGAACAAGAAAAAAAAUCUGAAGAAACAGUUGUGAAGACCGAAGGAAUCGAGGGUGAAAUAUCGAAGCCAUCCGAGGAAGAUGAAACAAAAUUGAAAGAAUCUACAACUGAGACUACAAAGAAGGUCAAAUUUGCAGAUGAAAUUAGUCCUGAAGCUGGUGAAGAUUUAAAUGAAACUAAAGAUGAUGAUUCAAAGGAGCCUAGCAUUGAAAUUCUUUUCAAACAAGAAGAGGAAAUAUUUGAGGGUCCAGCACAAAGAGUGUGUAGAAACACUAUAGGACUUUUAGAUUUCGAUGAAGAGUCUGGGUAUAAGCUUGUUGAAAGUAACAUUAAAUCUAUAUUAUUUGGCUCCCAGUCAUUAAUCCCUGCUUCCCAUAGGUUCAAAGACUUGAAAACCAUUGCUAAAAUAGGAGAAGUUGAAAAUCCUUACAGUACCGUGGUUCAAAAGAAGGAUAAACUCUUUGAGCCUGUAGCUGAGUUAACAGAGGAAGAUGCACUCUUUGAGGAGUUAAAACGUCUACCCCGGUUUGGAGACUUUGAAGAUAUAGUAGAAGAAGAGGAAAAUAACCAAGAAGAGGUCACUGCUGAAAUUGUUCUCAAGACCGAAGCACCAACAUCCCUUUACUUACCUAAUGGGAAUAAAAAGAACUGUCUUAUCACUGGUACCGAAGUCAAAUACUUUGAUCCUGCAAAUGGUAUUCCGUACAGUAGUGUGGAAACAUACCGUCUUUUGAAACAAAUUGAGCAAGGGAACAUCCCGUGGUACAGCAUGGGUACAGAUAUGAAUGACAAUGGGCCGGUUGAACUUUAUUUAGGAAAUAGAGAGGAAGGUGGUGUUAGACAUGCCAAGGGUGUUCCUGAAGGAUUUGGUGGGUAA